UGGUAUUUUCCCUAGACUUUUUAUUGAACCGUGAAGCUGAAAAAAUAAGUAAUAAGGAGACAUUGCCUAUGGAGAGUGAUCCUAUGAAACUAAAAGUCCACCUAGUCACUGGCACGGACACAGCCGAGUUCAGGCUGCUGAGUGAGGCGUUGGGUCGGAGCUCAGUGGUGGGCCUGGAUGCAGAGUGGAAGCCGGUACGGAGGUCGUUCCCGACGGUGUCGGUGCUUCAAAUCGCGUGCGGCGACUGGGGCGUGUUUGUGUUGGACUUAUUGUCCAUUCCUCUCUCUUCACUGUCGGAACCGCUGCGAGAAUUGCUGCUGUGCCCCGACAUCUUGAAACUCGGAUUCGGAUUCAAGCAGGAUUUGACUUACUUGUCCUCCACUUUCUGCUCCCACGGCGGUUUCGACAAGGUUGAGCCAUAUUUGGAUAUCAGGAGUGUGUACAAUCAUCUGCAUCAUAGUAAGAAGCAUGAACCCAAGCAAAGUAAGAGUUUGUCAACGAUUUGUGCAGAAGUAUUGGGGUUUUCGCUCUCCAAGGAACUUCAAUGUAGUGAUUGGUCACAUCGUCCUCUUACAGAAGAGCAGAUAAGAUAUGCAGCUAUGGAUGCUCAUUGCUUGCUCGACAUAUUUAAGCUAUUCCAGGAAAAGGUCGUCAAAGAAGGAGACUUGGUUCUUGAGACCAUAGUAUUCUCUAAUCGUGAUGCAAGUCUUGGGUUAAAAGAGCUAUUCAGAAGUCACGAUACGAGUGAUAAAGUCCUAAGAGCACAUUUUUGUGAAGCUUUAGCAAUUGUCGAGGCCACAACUUGUUCUGAUGUUGCUCGUAUGAUACCUCUAGCUGGGGCAUUCAUCCAAAAGACGUCAUAUUGGGUUACUAUUCCAAUGGAUGAAGUUUUGUUGAAAGUUGUAAAAAAAUAUGGUGAUAGGAUCUUGCUAAAGGAGUUAGACAAAAAACCCAAAAGCUCAAAAAAGAAAGGGAAGAAGCAUUCACUACUUAAUGGGACUAGGAAAGAAAAUCAUUUUGAGAAGUUUGAUGAGUUGCAAGGUACCCCACCAUGGGAUCCUUUGGAGGGAGGGAAUGGAUAUCCAAAGUUCCUUUGUGAUGUAAUGGUUGAAGGCUUGGCAAAACAUUUACGAUGUGUCGGGAUAGAUGCUGCAAUUCCUUAUUCAAAGAAGCCUGAGCCAAGGAUGUUGAUAGAGCAAGCACAAAAAGAGAAACGAGUGAUUUUGACACGGGAUGCAAAGUUGCAAAGACAUGAUUAUCUGAUGAAAAACCAAAUAUAUAGAGUGAAGAGUCUUCUGAAAAAUGAACAGCUACUUGAGGUUAUUGAAUCUUUUCAACUUAAAAUUAAUGAGGACAAGCUAAUGUCGAGGUGCACAAAAUGCAAUGGAACUUUUAUUCAGAAGCCACUGACAACUGAAGAAGCUAUUGAAGCUGCUAAGGGUUUUCAAAGAAUUCCAAAUUGCUUAUUUGACAAGAAUUUAGAGUUUUGGCAGUGCAUGGACUGUCACCAACUUUAUUGGGAGGGAACCCAAUACCAUAAUGCGGUUCAGAAGUUCAUUGACAUUUGCAAGCUGAGUGACUAAUUUGAGCUUCGCAGUGAUAUGCACUCGUGUGAUCGUAUCAUCGAAAAACUUUACACCGAAGAAAAAUGUCAUUUCCAAAGUGCAUUUCCUCUUACACAUUGAUUUGGCCAUCACCACUUGUUGCCCCAACUCCUUGUUGUUCCUGUAUUUUGGAUUUUGUAAUUUGUAAUACGUGUAUUCUAAACUAUAAAAUUUAUAUUUUGGAU